AUGAUACUCGACGCUGGACCUAUACUUUACUUGGCCAUUUCAGCUUUGACAAUAGCUGUGUUAAGCUGUUGUCGGAAUUACUGGGUGAACCAUUCGCGUCCUCCGCUGCCGCCUGGUCCUACACCCCUUCCAGUACUGGGAAAUUUUCUCAGUCUUGACACCGCUCGGCCUUGGCUGACCUUUAAUGCCUGGAGAUCUACAUAUGGCGACAUGAUUUAUGCUCGUUUGCUUAGCAAGCCUGUCCUGGUCAUUAAUUCUGAGGAGGUCGCGAAAGACCUCUUUGAAGGGCGUUCCAGCAUAUAUUCGGAUAGAACCCAGUCAAUUGUUUAUGAAGCCUUCGCUACAGACUUUAACAUGGGGUUCAUGCCAUACGGGGACAGGUGGCGUCUUCACCGACGGCUUUUGCAUCAAGCGUUUCGUCAAGCUGAGAUACCCACCUAUCACGCUGUGCAAAUCCGUUCCGCGCACCAAAUGUUAUUCAGUCUUCUACAGGACCCUGGAAAUCAUGCAAGCCAUUUUCAGAUGUUUAUUUUGUCGUCUGUGCUGUCUAUGAUAUAUGACUGUGAAGCGAAAGCUAAGGAUGACCACAUUGUCCACGCCGUUACAAGCUAUGCGGAAAUGGUAGCAGAUGGUUUGGCGCCAGCUGCUAUGAUGUUGAUGGAAACAUUCCCUUUCCUUUUGCAGCUACCUAGCUGGUUUCCUGGGGCCAUAUUCAAGCGAGCGUCAGUCAAGUGUAUCCAGGCAGGCCAUGAUGUGAAAGAGAUACCCUUUCAACAUGUCAAGGAGAGGAUGGUGAAUUUUUUUCCUCGACGCUCAUUUAUUGUCUUCAGCGUCAUACGAAACGGUGAGUCUCCUGGUUUCCGUUGGCCCAUUAUAAUCAAUUUACCAUUUAUCCAGACAAUCUCCUUGUUACGUGUCUUCCUUCUUGCUAUGGUACUCAACCCAGAGGUACAAGGCAAAGCACACGCGGAGAUUAAUCGAGUCGUUGGCAAAAAUAGACUCCCGGACUUCAAUGAUAGACCAGCGUUGCCUUAUGUAGAAGCUGUUUUGCGUGAAACCCUCAGGUGGCACCCUGUAACACCAUUCGGCGUCCCACACGCAACAACUACCAGUGACGUCUACAAUGGUUAUUUCAUCCCUAAAGGUAUUUUUAGGGCGAUGACGCACGAUCCGAAGAAAUACCCCAGUCCUGAUGAAUUCAAACCGGAAAGGUUUCUCCACGAAGACGGCUCACUCACCAGCGACACUAUGUCUUUAGCCUUUGGCUGGGGUCGCCGGAUCUGUGUGGGACGGCAUGUCGCGGAGGCGUCAAGCUGGAUCGCCAUCGUGAAUUUCCUGGCGUUUUUCUCAGCCCACAAGGAUCUUGAUGAACAAGGCAUGGACAUUCCGGUCGAUCCGAAGUUCAGCACUGGUUUUGCAAUUCAUCCGGAGACAUUUCCUUGUCGCAUUCUCCCGCGAUUCCCUGAUGCGCCUAUGAAGACACUGACGUACCUCACUGGGUUGAAUCCGUAUGUCGACAUCACCUCGGAAUUCCAAAAGACUAACAUACAGUAG